ACAAGACAAUAAAUAGGUAGUGAUAAUCUUCAAUCGGCUGAAAGUUCAACUUUAGUUUCACAAAAAAUUUUCAAUUCAAAUUGUUCAGAUUUUUGAUGAAAUUGGCCACAAAUAUCAAAACACGUGAACUGAUCUCAAAAUUAUUUUCAAAAUGAACGAUUUGUUAUGCUGAGUAUCAUUUCUAAAUUUCUUCGACACAGGUGGCCGUUACUGUCUUCCAAAACUGAUAACGUUAAAAAAGCAAUUACGAUGGAACGAAGUAAUAGCGAUGAUUCAAGUUCUACUAGUAGUCUACCUCAGCGAAAUUUAGAAUUCUUGGAGCUCAUCGGACGACUCAAACACCUGAAAAGGACAGGAUGGGUUUUAAGAAAAGUGCAAGAUCCGGAAGCAGUGGCUGGCCACAUGUAUAGAAUGGCUGUGAUGUCGUUUCUAAUAGAAUCAGAUUCGAAUAUCGAUCGAAAAAAAUGUAUGGAACUAGCCAUCGUUCACGAUAUGGCGGAAUGUAUUGUUGGCGAUAUCACUCCGAUUUGUGGAAUUUCUCCGGCGGAAAAACGUCGACAAGAAGAAGCUGCCAUGGGUCAAUUAGUUAAACUAAUUGGAAACAAUAGCGAAUACGUUAAUAAUCUAUUCCAGGAAUACGAACAGCAGGAAACAACAGAAGCGAAAUUGGUGAAAGAAUUCGAUAGAUUAGAUAUGAUAAUCCAAGCCUUCGAAUACGAAAAGUUGGAAGGAAAACAGAGUGCUGGCAGGUUAGAAGAAUUUUUCGUCUCAACCGAAGGAAAGUUUUCUACUCCGUUCGUCAAAGCAAUCGUCGAAGAAUUGAAAAAGCAAAGAGCUGCGUUGAGUUGAAUGUUUUUGUUCAAAUCCUAUUUAAAUUGAAACUUAAUUUAUACAAAUAAAAUUCGAGAACUUUAAAAAUUAAAA